AAAGACUCAGUCCUCACAGAGACGAUUCUGUCCCUACCGAAAUGAAGCUGCUGCUGCUGCUGCUGCUGGCUUUGGAGCUGACUCUAGUCUGUGUCCACGCAGAAGGAGAAACUAGUGCCAUGGGAGAGAACUUUAAUCCAAGAAAGAUUGAGGGGAAAUGGUAUUCCGUUGGCUUGGCCUCUGACAAAAGAGAAAUGAUAGAAGAAGAUGGCAGCAUGAGAGUUUUUGUGGAGGACAUCCAUGUCUUCAAGAACUCUUCCUUAGCUUUUAAAUUCCAUACUAAGGCUUUUUCAAAAGUUAGAGACAAAAAUGAUGGAUACAAUAAAUUUACUAUGCUUGAUACAGACUAUGAUGGUUAUAUUAUAUUUCAUCUCAGAAAUGUCCACAAUGGGGAAACAUUCCAGCUGAUGGAGAUCUAUGGCCGGAAACAAGACUUGAGUUCCAAAAUCAAGGAAAAGUUUGUGGAGCUCUGCAAGAAGCAUGGCAUUGUUGAGGAAAAUAUAUUGGACCUAACUGAGGCUGAUCGCUGUCUCCAGGCCCGAGAUGGAGGAAAGGCCUGA